GCUAAAAAUACCGCCCUAUGCUGGGAGAGCGUGCGGUGCCCGGCGGGCCGGGCCGCCCGGGUGCGCAGGGAGCGCGCCUGGGUGCGCAGGGAGCGCGCCGGGAGCGCGCCGCAGUGCGCGGCUGCACGGAGCGGGCCGCGCCGCAGGGAUGCUCGCCCCGCUCCUGGGUUCCGCGGGCUCCGGCUGGCUGCUGUUGGAGUUCGCCGUUUCACUUGUGGAGAAGAUGCAGGCUCAGGAAAUCCUGCGGAGCCUGCGGCUCCCCGAGUUCGACGACCUCAGCCAGUUUUUCCGCAACCUGCCGGCCACGGCGCUGGUGGGCAUUGGUGCCUUCGCGGCCGUUGUGGCUUACUGGUUUGCCAGCCGGCCCCGGGCUGUGAAGCCGCCCUGUGACCUGCGGAUGCAGUCGGAGGAGGUCGAGGGCCUGGAUGGGGCACGCCGGUCGGUGAUCGGGGACAGCCCGCAGCUGCUGACGCACUACUACGAUGAUGCCAGGACCAUGUACGAGGUCUUCAGGAGGGGGUUCAGCAUCUCAGAAAACGGCCCUUGCCUGGGGUUCAGGAAGCCCAAGCAGCCCUACCAGUGGCUGUCCUACAAGGAGGUGGCUGAAAGAGCAGAAGCUCUGGGUUCAGGGCUUCUUCAGCAGGGCUGCAAGCCAUCCACAAAGCAGUUCAUUGGGGUCUUUGCUCAAAACCGUCCAGAGUGGAUCAUUUCUGAGCUGGCUUGCUACACCUACUCCAUGGUGGUUGUUCCCCUCUACGACACCUUAGGUCCCGGAGCCAUUCGUUACAUCGUCAACACAGCUGACAUUUCCACAGUCAUCUGUGACAAACCUGAAAAAGCCAGAAUACUCCUGGACCACGUGGAGAGGAGAGAAACGCCAGGGCUGAGCUCCAUCAUCCUGAUGGACCCAUUUGAGAAGGAGCUGACGGAGAGAGGAAGGCGCUGUGGGGUUCGCAUCCAGACCAUGCAGGAGGUGGAGGACUGUGGCCGUGAGAGUCGACACGUGCCUGUGCCUCCUCGACCAGAAGAUCUAUCAAUUGUCUGUUUUACUAGUGGCACUACAGGGAACCCCAAAGGUGCUAUGCUGACUCACGGGAACGUGGUUGCUGAUUUUUCAGGCUUUCUGAAAGUGACGGAGAAAGUGAUCUUUCCGAGACAGGACGAUGUGCUCAUCUCCUUCCUGCCUCUGGCUCACAUGUUUGAAAGAGUUAUACAGGUAAGAAACCUGCCUGAACUGACGAGGCCUCGUGGGGCUCCUUGUGUUUUCUUCCAGAGUCAGUGGUCUCCUACUUGUGCGGAUGUACACAUUUCCUAUUUGCCUUUAGCACACAUGUUUGAGAGAAUGGUACAGUCUGUCGUGUAUUGCCAUGGCGGGCGAAUCGGGUUCUUUCAAGGAGAUAUUCGUCUCUUGUCUGAUGACAUGAAAGCAUUGCGUCCAACCAUCUUCCCGGUCGUGCCGCGGCUGUUAAACAGGAUGUAUGAUAAGAUCUUCAGCCAGGCAGACACGUCCCUCAAGCGCUGGAUCCUGGAAUUUGCUGCAAGACGGAAAAAGGCUGAAGUUCGAAACGGGAUCAUUAGAAAUGACAGCUUGUGGGAUAAACUUUUCUUUAAUAAAAUACAGGCAAGUCUCGGUGGGUGCGUUCGCAUGAUAGUGACAGGCGCUGCCCCUGCGUCUCCCACCGUCCUGGGCUUCCUCCGUGCCGCCCUCGGAUGCCAGGUUUAUGAAGGUUAUGGCCAAACAGAAUGCACAGCUGGAUGCACCUUUACCACCCCAGGUGACUGGACAUCAGGUCAUGUAGGAGCCCCUUUGCCCUGUAACUUAAUCAGAUUGAAGGAUGUGGAAGAGCUGAAUUAUUUUGCUUCCAAAGGAGAAGGAGAGAUAUGCGUGAAAGGACCCAAUGUUUUCAAAGGUUAUCUGAAAGAUGAAGAGAAGACAACCGAAGCGCUGGACCAGGAGGGCUGGCUUCACACUGGAGACAUUGGGAAAUGGUUACCUAAUGGGACUCUUAAAAUUAUUGAUCGGAAAAAGCAUAUAUUUAAACUUGCUCAGGGAGAAUAUAUUGCACCGGAGAAGAUAGAGAAUAUCUAUAUCCGCAGUGACCCUGUUGCCCAGAUCUACGUCCAUGGAGACAGCCUGCAGGCCUUUCUGGUGGGGAUUGUGGUGCCCGAUUCCGAAGUUAUGCCAGGCUGGGCAAAGAAAAGAGGGUUUGAUGGAACGUAUGCAGAACUCUGUAAAAAUAAGGAACUGCAGCAAGCGAUAAUGGAAGACAUGGUACGGUUAGGUAAAGAGAGUGGACUUCAUUCCUUUGAGCAGGUCAAAGCCAUUUACAUUCACUCUGAUAUGUUCUCAGUACAAAACGGUUUGUUGACACCAACAUUAAAGGCUAAGAGACCAGAACUAAGAGAUUACUUCAAAAAACAAAUAGAAGAGCUAUAUUCAAGCAUCUCCAUCUGAAAUUGAAGGAAGCAUCUUCUGAAUAAUGGACUUCGUAGCAAUAUUAGAAUAAUACUCAAAAGUACAGAGCCAGAAUGACACAGCUGAAAUGGAUACGCAUCUGAAUCUUACAUUUGAGCCUUUCAUUGUUCUAGGACUUCACCACUAACCAUAAUUUUCCUCCUUUUUUCCAUCAGGUGUGAUACAAUUUAUUUUUUACUCUAUGUACACAGUAGGGUACUACUAAGAAUUAUGCUAAAUUGCCACAAAAUAUACAGAAAUUUCAAUCUAUGACCAAGUAAAUUAUGGAAACUUACCUUAUUAAUAACUACAAACAUUUCUAAUUAAAAUAGGGAAAGUUUCAGGUAUCUCUGUUAGUAUUUGAUUGUAUAUAACCUAAUACAUUAGAAACUACAAUUGUGGAUAAUUCAAUAAUGUGGUCUACCUCAAAACAAUCAGUGAUUGAUGGUGAAAGUGUUUUCCCUGAUCUGGAACUUCAAGCUGGAUAUCAGUUUAUAUAUUAAGUGAUAGUUUUUAUAUUUUCCAGGACAUAAAUUACAUUGAUUUGAUUUAAUCAUUAAUGACCCAACUAACAACCAGAAAGAAAUAGGAAUGAAUCUCCCAUUAUUUGUACUUAAUAGACCUAUUAGUAUAUUACAUCUAAUGGAUUAAUAUUACCUUGAGAUUACAAGAACAGGUUAGGAAGUGAUAGGAUAGAAUUCCCUCUAUUUCCUUUUCAUCUGAACUCAAUUUAUACAUGGCAUGCUGAUUUUGCAUUAGGGCCUCCUUCAGCACAGUACAUUCACGGACAUCUGAACUACUCAAACCACGAAGGUUGCAAAAGCAUCACUGGCUCUGUGGCGGCUUCCUGUGGGAGGUCACAUUAACCCAUAUGCUCCCGGUCCCUAAUUUAUUACUUUACAUGCUGCUAAUACUGCGUAGUCCAGUUGGACUAACUUCUUGUCAGAAACAGUGCUAAAGAAACGGAGCACAAGGUGUACGCUGCACUUCUGAACGGGGCUUAGCAAAACAAAUUGGGUUUUUUGGGAGAAAGGCCAGCCUGAGAUGCAGUGGUGGAGGUCAUCCUUUGGCUGGCCACAGAAGAAGAAGAAAUACUGCUCCAAAAGGCCCCAGGGAUGGGCGAAAGGCUGUGUUAGCCAGUGCUCUUGGAAGGUGUUGUGGUACGGUAAAACGUUGGCUGUGGUUACAGAAAGGCCUGCUAAGAAGAACAUCUCUCUGUUCAGACGUCUGGAAGCCCCUGUUCCCACUGUCAUCAAUUCCAGUGGCCUCUCUGGAAUAAAGAGCAAGGAGUCGGGAUGAAACCUGGGCUUUUGCAACCAGCUGCAGCCGUUGGGAAGGGAAUAAGUCCCAUGUGCAACAGGAAUGGACUCUAGAGCUCUCUCCUGAUACAAAGCAUGGUACAAAACAAUGAGAAAACUGUAACGUAAAGUCGCUUGAGUACGUGGACUGUCAGUGGCUUCCUUCUGCUAAACAGGGUCCUAAAUAUAUAUGUGUAUUUUACUAGCUGCUGUUUGUUGCACCAGUGCAUACUAGCAUGGAGCCGUGCCUGCUGGAUCUUCUUUGCUAGAACAGUGAAAGCACACUAUUUUCUCUCUCAAACUGAAAUCCACUGUAGACUUUUCAAGCGAAAAGUUAAAAUUUUUAAUUUAAAUGAUCUCUUAUUUUUCUUCUGAAAUUCCAUUGCAUGCUUCAAAAUGAAAUAAAAUGAAUUAAUGAGUUAGUGUUACAUGAAGACUGAUUUAUUGCAGUAAUUUCAGAACAAAACGAUACAAAGGAAGCCGUAUCAGCUAACUUAACCACUCAUAUAAAGAACACAGCGCUUUGAUUUAUCAAAUGUGGAUGGAUUUGUCUGAAUCCCUUUUUUGCGCUCGAUUCCUCAUUCAAUUCCAGUGCAAUGACUCAUAUCAGUCCAAAGCAAAUAAGAAAUACCGCUGCUGUGAUCUGAUGGCAUUGUACAUGCAUUUGUCAGCAAUGUACACAGCAACAAUAUCCCUGGGGAAUUUGCAUCUGCCAUGUCUACAGAGGAUUGGAAUUACUAUAUAAAAUCUGGCUCUUUAGGUCAAGUCAUAAAGGAUUUUCAUCUCUGCGGAGUCUAGUUCAUCUCCUUUUUGUAUCAGCCAAAAGACAGUCAUUACAUAUGCAUACUUCAAAGCAAUGAAGAAUUAGUUCAAUUUCCUGUUUUAACGCGACAUACUUUUAAAAUAAUAAUUAAAAAAACCCCAACUAGUUAUCUAAAUAAAUACAGAAAAACUAGUUUCCACUGAACUUUUUCUGCCACAUGAGUUUAAUUUGCUUUUCUCCUAAAAUGAUUUCAGUUUUCUAGACUUUUCUAGACAACUACACUCUGACUUUGUUUAAGCACAGAAGAUCCUGAAAUGAGUUUGUUUAUGGCUUAGAUGGCUGUUAUUUUUAUGUAUAUAAUGCUGAAAAGAAUAUCUGUAUUCUUCUUUUAGUAUUUGAUGCAAAAUGUCAGAUGCAUUAGAGCCAAAGAUAUGAACACCAAAAAAAUAAAAAAGAAAAAAUACAGACUUGGCCACACUUGGAUGAUGCAAAAUUUGGGAGAAACUGUGUUGCCACACUGAAAGUGUGAAUACUUUCAGAACUUGUGAAAAACUGUAUAAAUAAACUAAAAGCUCUCUUCAGUUCUUUCUUGUGUAAUCAGAUUUUCCUCUGCAGAUCACUCUCACCAUAAUCAUAACAAUGUUUUAAGAGAUUAAAACUUGAACACAUGUGUAAUGUGUGAGCCAGGCACAAACAGGCUUCUCUUCAAAUUCCAGGAACAUUUGUCUUGCAUUGGGCUUUCUUACAGUGAAAUACUUGCUGUGAACCCCAAGGAAAAAUCCCCAGGGCUGUCCAAUAACCAUUUUUUUCCCCCUCAAGAUAAUUAAUUACAAAAUUAAUUUCUAACUUUCACCUUGAAAGAGUUGAGACUCAAGCGCUCUUGCAUAAGUGGCAACGUGAGCUACCCUUCUCUGUAAAGAGCCCGAUUCUUGAUGGCUUCAGGAUGACUGGUUUUAACUAAUCACUGUCAUCUGGGGGUUCAUUCCGCAAUCAAUGAAUGACAAAAUACAGGAAGCCCACUGAAAUGAGCACGGCUCUAGUCUGCCAUCGCAGGCGGGCUCAGUGCUAGUCAGUCCGGCUCCCGCGACAGGGCUGUCACUCGGUGUCGCCGAAGGAUGAGUACUGUAUUCUCGGAUGUUUUAAAUGUGAGAGGUUCUUCCUGGGCCUAGUGCUUUGCCUGUGAAAUCCCAGGGACACUGUCUCCAGUGCUCGUAUAUAAAAAACAGAAUAAAAUAACAUGUUUCCAGGAAGAGAAUAUUGCUUAGUUAUGUAUUUUAUAUGUUCUUUGCUCAAUAUAUUGCACAGACAAAAUACUGUUCUGCCACAGAAAGGGUCCAAGACAUCCACAGGUGUGAGCAGAACUCAUACCUGCCAGUCUUAACCCCAAAUUGGCAGGAAAUACACAGCGUUGCUCUGUCCUGAAAGGCACAUUUGCAGGUUAAAGUAGUUGAUGCGCAUCAGGUAAGAGAGAGACGGUGAAUUGUUCAUUGAUGAAACGUACUAUUUUGCAAUCUGUCCUCACUGUUAGUAAGUAUAAUCAGCAUCAGUAAAGUCCAGUGUCAUUUUUACCAUGAAUAUGAAAUUCUUGCAUAUAACAGAAAAUAAUCUGACUUAAUCUUCUGGAAUGAAACAAAUUAACUGUAGAUUUUUUUUAUUAUUAUUUUCCAUGUGUUAAAAGCACAAACUGGUGAUCUAUAUGUAAAUAAACUGCUACAAGAUGAAUGUAAACUGGGAAAGAAUAUACUAUUUUUGCAUGGUAACAGAUUACUUAAAGACCUCUUGAUGCCUUACAGAAAAUUUGGAGAAGCAUUUUAUUUAGAGGCAAUUCUAUCUGCGUACUUUUUGUGUCUUUAGCUCACUUUGGUUUUGUCUGGGGGAAAAAAAAAGAUCUCAGAUCUUUGUUUCCUUUUGGAAUUAACAUUCUUCAGUACUUUGCACAUUCAAUGAUUUCUACACCAUCUUUACUCCUGUUAAAUGAUGAAGCUGAGGCUGUUCUUUUUGGAGGAGAAAUCUGGAUGCUUGUAGUCUGGGAGGGAAACAGUUUUAGAUCCCUGGAAUUGUUCCAAAAUAAAAUGUUUUCUGAGGCAUCUAGAGCCCCUUUAAGCCCUUCACUUCAUUUCAGCUUUUUGUUAGGUAUUUUAGCAAAGUACAAGCAGCGAACAAAUGAGGCAUUUUCCUAAGUGUUGCCUAUUCUAUUUUCAACUGGAAGUGGAGGGGUUAAAAUAUAUACAUUUGUGUAAAAAAAAAAAUCUUAACUGUAACUAAAGAUUUUUCAGUUUUGGUAUAUUAGCAUGUAUUUCAAAAAGUCAUCUAUGGAAACUUUUGUAAAGAAUUAAAUUGUCACAUUUCUCAAAACUGUUCAUAAGAUUUUCUCGUGGACUGACAAUAAAAGCUCUUUUAUAAAAUCUGUUGUUACUCCAGCACUCUGUCCUCACAAUCGGUAUAAAGUCAUUCAGAAUGUAUGCCUAUACUAAACAUGUUGUGAAAAAUAAUAAAUACAUAAAAUAAAAUAACGACCAAAGGAAUAUUGGAACCUGAGAUUGAUUUUAGCAAUCUUCCAUGAAAAAAUUGUUGCAAAGUUCUCUGAAGAUGCAGCAGUCUUUCUGUAAUGGUUUCAUUUUUUAUUUUAAAUCAAUAAUAAUAUAACCAAAUGUAUAUGCUUGUUUCAUAUGAAUUGACAAUUAGGAAUGCAUAGUAUUUUUUCAGACUAUGUGUCUAAA